GAUAAAUAUUUGGUUAGUUACAAAUACUUACAUUCGUAAUAACUGCCAAAAAUCAUUUAUUUGAUCUUCGUAGAAGUCAUAUCCAUAUACAAUCAUGAUCAAUGUGGUCUCGUCAACAAACCCUCGGUCUUUUUCACAAUGACUGCACAUUUUAUUUGAUUUUAUAACUGAACCAUUCGUCACACAAUGCUACCAGACUCCUAAAGCCUCUUCAUCUCAAGUCCUCAUUUUCAUAUUAUAACCUUAACAAAUUAUUGUCUCUGAAUUAUUCAAAAGUCUUCGUUCCCCUGUUUAUUUAUAAAUAAUAUAUUAUUGCAGCUUUCACUUGUUUGUCUUUGGUAUAUUCUCUUUGCAAAGAUUAAAUAACAGUCUUGUGUAUAUGAAUCUUGUUUUAUUAAUAAUAAAAUACCUUGUUUUAUUUUAAGUUUUAACAUGUGUAUAUAUAUGGACAUAACAGGAACAAAAGCCAUAUCACUUUAUCUCUCUCCUUUUCCCCUUAUCUACAAAACUUGUGAAUCCCUUUAAAAGCUGAUCAGAAAGUUAAAAGUGUUUUGAGAAGUUAAAGUCAUGGCAAUAAAAGAUAGAUCAUUGGAAGAGACACCAACAUGGGCUCUUGCUGUUGUUUGCUUCGUUAUUCUUUUCAUCUCUAUCAUGAUCGAAUAUUUCUUACACUUUAUUGGUCACUGGUUUAAAAGGAAGCACAAGAAGGCUUUAUAUGAAGCUCUUGAAAAGGUUAAAGCAGAAUUGAUGCUACUGGGAUUCAUAUCGCUUCUACUUGUUGUAUUGCAAUCACCAGUCUCCCAAAUUUGUAUCCCAGAAAGAAUUGCUGCGACUUGGCAUCCUUGUAGUAGAGAACAAGAGCUCGCUAAAUAUGGUAAAGAUUAUAUUGACGAUGGUCGUGAGGUUCUUGAAGACUAUGACUUCAACAACUUCUAUAGCCCUCGUCGAAGUUUAGCCACCAAGGGUUAUGACAAAUGCGCAGAAAAGGGGAAAGUAGCAUUAGUAUCUGCGUAUGGUAUCCACCAAUUGCAUAUAUUCAUCUUCGUGCUCGCUGUUUUUCAUAUUCUCUACUGUAUUAUAACCUAUGCUUUGGGGAAAACCAAGAUGAAGAAAUGGAAAUCAUGGGAAAGAGAGACCAAAACAAUUGAAUACCAAUAUGCCAAUGAUCCAGAGAGGUUCAGAUUUGCAAGAGAUACAUCAUUUGGACGUAGACAUUUGAAUAUAUGGAGCAAGUCUUCCUUUACCCUCUGGAUUACAUGUUUCUUCAGACAGUUCUUUGGAUCAGUGACAAAAGUGGAUUAUCUUACACUAAGACAUGGCUUUAUAAUGGCGCAUAUGCCAGCAGGAAGUGAAGCUCGUUUCGAUUUCCAAAAGUACAUUCAAAGAUCUCUGGAAGAAGAUUUCAAGGCUGUUGUCGGUAUAAGCCCGGUGAUAUGGUGCAUUGCUGUCUUAUUCAUACUGACUAAUACACAUGGAUCGGAAUCCUAUUUUUGGCUGCCUUUCAUCCCUUUGUUUGUGAUAUUAAUAGUAGGAGCAAAACUUCAAGUGAUAAUAUCGAAAUUAGGAUUGAGGAUUCAAGAUAAAGGAGAUGUGGUUAAAGGAGCUCCUGUGGUUGAACCGGGUGAUGAUCUCUUUUGGUUUGGUCGUCCUCGUUUCAUUCUCUUCCUCAUUCAUUUGGUUCUUUUCACGAAUGCAUUUCAACUGGCUUUCUUCGUUUGGAGCACUUACGAGUUCACACUCAAGAACUGCUUCCACCACAAAACCGUAGAUAUUGCACUCAGGAUCACCAUGGGGGUAUUGAUACAAGUUGUAUGCAGCUACAUCACUCUACCUCUGUAUGCUCUUGUGACUCAGAUGGGAACUUCAAUGAGGCCGACCAUAUUCAAUGACAGGGUAGCCAAUGCAUUGAAAAAAUGGCACAAGACAGCCAAGAAACAAUCCAAACAUGGAACCUCAGGGUCCAACACACCUCACUCUAGCCGCCCGGCCACGCCAACACAUGGCAUGUCACCUAUGCAUCUCCUCCACAGUCAUAAUCGCAGCCUUGAUUAUCAAACCAGCUUCACUGCCUCUUCUUCUCCUCCUAGAUUCUCUGAUUUUGGUGGCCAUGGCCAUGGACAUCAGCAUUUCUUUGAUCCUGAAUCUCAAAAUGUCUCUCCCCACCUUGAGAUUGCAGAAUCUGAUAUCAGCAACAGUCAGCAUCCGCAUGCUGACAUAGCUAGUCAGCAUCCGCAUGCUGAAGUAACUAGUCCUGUUAAAGAAGAGAAAGAGACUACUGAGCAUGUCAAGAUUGAUUUGCCAGAGUUUACUUUUAAGAAGUGAUAUUAGUUCUAUACUUGUUGAUCAUUCUUUGUAAAUGGUAUAAACUUUGAAAUGAACACUUCUCGUUCUUU